AAGAUGGAACGGUAGAGUGCCAGGACACGGGUGAGGUUAACAGCUAGCUGCUUCCUCCCCUCAUGAGAGAGGCCUCGGGCGGAGAUGCCCGGCAUCCCGGGGUCCAGCAGGGAGCGCGGGGAGCGAGAACGCAGUAAACAGGGAUCCAGGGUCAGUACUACGCGGGUCCAGGACCCGGACGGGGCUCAACUCUGCAGGCAGAACAGGAAGAGUUUUGGGUCCAGUCUCCGACGCUGCCUUUCGGGAUCCGAUGCUGGAGUGGAAGAUUUGAGGCGCCCCCCAGACGUCACAGGUCGCGACGUUUCACAGUGAGAAGGUGUCAGCGUCAGAGACACGUAGGGCGGGGUAACAGUGCAGUGACGCCACAAAAGCGUGCGGCUGAGCUCAGCUCACAACGAGGCGGGCCAAGUUCCAGUUCCCGCCCCUUGCCGUACACGCCUCUCCUCUUACGGAAGUGAAGCCGGAGGUGUCCGGCGGGCUGCAGUUCCGGUUUAUCGCGGCCUUCCCACACCUUCGCGUUGUACCACCACGGGGCUAGAGGGGCCGGGGAGCGCAUCCCGCCCCCGCCCCCACCCACGCCGCCCCCUCCUCCGCCGCCACUGCCGCUCCUCACACACUCGGAUUCACUGGCCUCACUACCUGAGGUCGGGGCGGUGCGGGUGUGCGCGCGCCGACCUCUGGCGCGUUCUAACCCGCGCGCCUGCCUUCCCGGGCUUCGUCGGCGCGCACCGAUUUCCGCAUCCGGCUCCGGGCGCUUCCGGUCUUAGCUGGACCCGUCUAGGAGGCCUAGGAGCUCAAUUACCAGGAUCACUUUCUUCCCCAGGGUGUACUACAGACCUCCACAUGUUGGACAGUAGGAUUCAGCAGAGAAUGAGUCCCACAUCCUCUUUUCAUCCAUAAGCCACUCUUCCCAACUACUCUUCCGCCUUCCAUUGUCCCUAUGUCUACUUUACUGCUCAAUCUGGAUUUUGGGGAACCUCCUCCCAAAAAGGCAUUAGAAGGAAAUGCCAAGCACCGAAAUUUUGUCAAGAAGCGGAGGCUCUUAGAACGGAGAGGCUUUCUGAGUAAAAAGAACCAACCCCCUAGCAAGGCGCCUAAGUUGCACUCUGAACCUUCAAAGAAAGGGGAAACUCCUACGGUCGAUGGCACUUGGAAGACCCCUUCCUUCCCAAAAAAGAAGACAGCUGCUUCCAGCAAUGGGUCAGGACAGCCCCUGGACAAGAAAGCUGCAGUGUCUUGGUUGACCCCUGCCCCUUCAAAAAAGGCUGAUUCUGUUGCUGCUAAAGUAGAUUUGCUGGGGGAGUUCCAGAGUGCCCUUCCAAAGAUCAAUAGCCACCCAACCCGCUCUCAGAAGAGCUCCCAGAAGAAAUCCUCUAAAAAGAACCAUCCUCAGAAGAAUGCCCCACAGAACUCCACCCAAGCUCAUUCAGAGAAUAAAUGCUCCGGAGCAUCCCAGAAGUUGCCACGGAAGAUGGUGGCAAUUGACUGUGAGAUGGUGGGCACAGGACCAAAGGGGCAUGUUAGUUCCUUGGCUCGAUGUAGCAUUGUCAACUACAACGGAGAUGUGCUUUAUGACGAGUACAUUCUUCCCCCCUGCCACAUUGUGGACUACCGAACCAGGUGGAGUGGUAUCCGGAAGCAGCACAUGGUGAAUGCCACACCCUUCAAGAUUGCUCGAGGCCAGAUCUUGAAGAUACUCACAGGGAAGAUAGUGGUGGGGCAUGCCAUCCACAACGACUUCAAAGCCCUUCAGUACUUUCACCCCAAGUCCCUCACCCGUGACACCUCCCAUAUCCCCCCCCUCAACCGGAAGGCUGACUGCCCGGAGAAUGCCACCAUGUCUCUGAAGCAUCUCACCAAGAAGCUGCUAAACCGGGAUAUCCAGGUUGGGAAGAGCGGACAUUCCUCUGUGGAAGAUGCCCAGGCCACCAUGGAGCUGUACAAGUUGGUUGAAGUCGAGUGGGAAGAGCACCUAGCCCGGAAUCCCCCUACAGACUAGUGGCAGUGGGGACGCUGGUGAUAUGGGGAGGCAGAGGCAGCACCCAGGAGAAACAGGGCAGUGGACCAAUGGACAGCUCCACCAGCUCCACAUCUUUGGAAGCUAGAUUUGGGGAGAGAGAAGCUCUACCCCAGACUUAAUACCCAUUGAAAUUUCACCUCA